CCGUGGUUCUGCAACUUUUGCUUAAUACGAGGAAGAUCCUUAAGAAACAAGACGUUCUAGCUCUGGUUUGAUGUCGAUGAACAGAACAUCCUUUGCUGGUGGUUUUGAAUCUUUGUCGGCAGAUAUUUCAUCAAUCAUAGAAUCUGUAGAAGCUGAGCAAGAAAUCUUUGUCGAAUUCAGAUGCUAUCUUUAUCGAGUUUUUCCGUUGAUAAUGGAGUUGCAGUUUGCUAAGAAUCCACCCCAAAAUGCAAAAGAGAUUGUGGAAUCCAUUUCCAUGAAUGUCAAUUUGGCUAAAGAUCUUGUUGGAGAAUGCCAUAAAAAGAACCCUUCAGUCUCAGAUUCUGAACUUGUAAAGAUCAUAGCUCGACUAGAAGGGGUGAUCAAAGAUAUCGGUGAAUGUUUGUGUUCCAUACCAUCCGGGACAUUCGAGGGUGCAACGUAUGUCGAAAAUGCUGUCCGGUCUCUUUCUGAUGAAUUGCAGAAAGUACACUUUGAACCGCAAAUCCAGAGUCCUGAAUCAUUAACGAGCCCGAGAGAAUUCGAUCUUUACCCUGUGGACGAUGAAGAAUCGGCGUCCACAGAGAGUUCUCCAGUUUUUAGUAUGCCUCACUUGAUUGAUAUCCAUAAGAUUACAAAUCAGAUAAGCCAAUUGCAGCAUGAGAACAGGGACAAAUCUAUGGAAACACUGCCACAUGUAGCUAACUAUAUCGAACCGAUGUACGACGCGUUCUUCUGUCCGUUGACUAAGCAGAUUAUGGAUGAUCCAGUUACCAUCGAAAAUGGAGUGACAUAUGACCGGAAGGCAAUAACCGAGUGGUUCGAAACCUUUGGUCAUCGAGACGAUAUGAUUUGUCCAACCACAGGGAUGAAGCUAACAAGCAAAGUUUUAAGCACCAAUGUUUCUCUAAAGACCACAAUAGAGGAGUGGAAGGAGAGGAAUGAAACUGCAAGGAUCAAAGUCGCCCGAACCUCGUUAUCGUUGGCUAGUUCGGAUAGUAUGAUACUAGAAGCCAUAAUAGAUCUGCAACACCUCUGCAAAAGGAGACGGUAUAAUAAGGAUAAAGCACUUAGUGUUGGAAUAUUGCCAUUGGUUAUUAGGUUACUUGCAUACCUAGACAAAGAUGUCAGAUGUGAAGCUUUAGAACUAUUACGACAAUUGGCCGAGGAAGAUGAUGAAGUAAAGGAAAUGAUUGCUAAUACAAUGGAUGCAUGGGCAUUGAUUGAGUUGAUAUCAAGUAGCCACCAGGAAAUUAGGCAUGCAUCAUUGCUAUUGUUGGUUGAGCUUUCAAGAACUCAAGCUUUGAGUGAAAAAAUUGGAUCAGCUACUGGAGCAAUUCUGAUGCUGAUCCGAGUUAAAUCCGAUCAUAAUGUCGAUUCCUUUGCUUCAGAAAAAGCAGAUGAAAUUUUGAAGAGCCUGGAGACAUUUCCAGAUAACGUAAAGCGGAUGGCAGAAUAUGGAUUCUUGGAACCUCUUUUAAAUCAUCUAACCGAAGGUCCUGAGGAGUUUCAAAUGGAAAUGACCUGCUACUUGGGGGAACUCAUUCUUAAUAAUGACGGUAAAACCUAUGUGGCUGAGAAGGCUUCUCCAAGUCUGAUUCAAAUGGUGCAAAGUGCGAACACCGUUCUCCGAAAUGCAGCAUUUAAGGCUCUAGUACAAAUCUCGACUCAUCAUCCAAAUGGAAGGAUCCUUGUCGAAGCCGGCAUUGUCGAAAUUAUGGCUGAAGAAAUGUUCACUCGUGAGAUAAAUGACCAACAGAUGGAUUCGAAAAAAGAGGCUGCUGCGAUACUUGCAAAUGUUCUUGAAUCUGAGGUCGAACUUGACGGCAUCAAAGUGACUACUCUUGGCCACGGAAUUAGCUCUGAUUAUGUUGUUUACAACAUUAUGUACAUGCUUAAGAACUCAACUCUGGGUGCUCUCAACAUCGAUCUCAUCAGGAUUCUGUUGUGCUUAACAAAGUCACCCAAAUCGAUGGAUACAAUUGUCGAUGUCGUGAAUGAGAGGGAAGCAAGCUAUACCCUGAUUGAACUCAUUAAUAGCCCACAUGAAGAGCUCAGGAUCGCUGUCAUCAAGCUACUCAUUUCGCUCACACCACAUGUCGGUAACACACUAGCUGAAAGACUCUGCAAAACUGGGGGACAGCCUCAGAGUUUAAUCGAAUGUCCCGACAAAACUAACCACAUUACAGAGAAGCAGGCUGUUUCUGCAAAAUUCCUGGCGACACUACCCCAACAGAAUCUCACACUCAACCUUGCUCUUCUCAACAACAACGUCGUCCCCGUGAUUCUUCGGACAAUCUCGGCUAUCCGAAGAAAUGGAACGAUUACAAGCCGGCAUACAACUGUUUACUUAGAGGGUCUUGUUGGAAUCCUUGUUAGAUUCACAACUACAUUGUAUGAACCACAGAUCAUGUACCUAGCAAGAACUCACAACUUGACAUUGGUGUUCACUGAACUUCUCAUCAGCAAAUCCAGUGAUGAAGUCCAAAGAUUGUCUGCCAUUGGACUGGGGAAUCUCUCAUCAGAGUCUGUAAAUCUAUCAAGGCCACCACAGGUAAAGAAAUCCAAGUCCAAAAAACGAUUCUACCUACCGAAUUUCUUGUCUUACCGGUCAUUAGACACCAGAAAGACAACAAUUCUAUGUCCAGUUCAUAGAGGUGUCUGUUCUCAUGAAACCACAUUUUGUUUGAUAGAUGCCAAUGCUGUAGAAAGGCUGUUAGUAUGCUUCGACCAUGACAAUGAUGAAGUCGUCGAAGCUUCGAUGGAAGCUAUAUGUACUUUGUUGGAUGAUAAGGUUGAUGUAGUCAAGAGUGUGAGCCUGUUGAGUGAUAUGAAUGCCAUUCAAUAUAUAUUCAAUGUGUUGAAAGAGCAUAAACAAGAGGGUCUAUGGCAGAAAUCUCUUUGGAUGAUUGAGAAAUUCAUAGUGACAGGUGGAAAUAAGUCAGUUCCUGAUAUAUCACAGGACAGAUUACUGCCUGCUUCACUGGUUAGUGUUUUUGAGAAUGGGAAUGAUAGUAUGAAGCAGGUGGCUGAGAAUAUUUUGAGACACUUGAACAGGAUGCCUACUCCUUCAACUACUUAUUAUAGCAUGUAAAUGAGAAAUAUACUUGAAUUUCAGC